UUCCUCACCAAACAUCCUUGGACGUGGACAGUUUCACUGAAGAGGACUUUCCACUCUGAAAUAACCGGAGCGUGAAUCCAAGCGUCAUUUUUGUUCUUUUUGACAGAAAGGUGUCGGAGAAGAACUCCAACGGGCAAUCACCCCCCAAUUCUUUGUCAGCGAUGGGGACUUGGACUGGCUUCUGCCCAGGCUUGCACUUAUUUGUGGGUGUGUGGCUCUUGAUCGCCUCUAACACCUUCCAAAGCACCAAGGCGGAGAUACGUUGCGCAUCUUGCCCGUCGCCCGUUCAACUUCACACGGGUGAACUGCGCGCGAAAGCCACAGAUGACCCAAACCUCCUCAAAAACAUCCGAGCGGAGUUUAGGGAAGUCGGCAUGGCGCACCAAAAUGCUCGAAUGGACGGCAGCGGAAAGAUUGUCCAUGAGUUUAAGAAGAAGUCCACUGUGAAAAGUGGGGCAAAAUUAGAGUCUGCCUUUGCGCAUCAGAGAGCGAAAAGAAGCAGUUCUGAAUUUGGAGAGUUUAGGCUGGCCGACCAACCGGGCCGGAAUUCGGGCAGCACCCUGGACCAGCUCAGGUCUUCUGGACAAUUCAAAAGAAACAGGGACGACUGGAGAAUAAAUAACCGCCAGGAUGAGCCAAAGCUCACCAGCAGCACUUUCGCCCUGACCGGAGACUCUGCGCACAACCACGCUGUGGUCUACUGGUCUGGACUAAACAGCAGCGUUAUCCUGAUUCUCACCAAGUUGUAUGACUUUCACAUUGGCAGCGUCACUGAGAGCACUCUUUGGAGAUCUACUGACUAUGGCUCUACAUAUGAGAGAAUGAAUGACAAAGUUGGAUCCAAGACUGUUCUGAGUUACCUUUAUGUCUGUCCAACCAACAAGAGGAAGAUUAUGGUACUGACUGAUCCAGAGUUUGAGAGCAGUGUGCUAAUCAGCACUGAUGAAGGAGCUAGUUUCCAGAAGUACCGCCUCACUUUCUACAUCCUGAGCCUUUUGUUCCACCCCACGGAAGAGGACUGGGCCUUAGCCUACAGCCACGACCAAAAGCUGUACAGCUCAUUAGACUUUGGGAGAAAAUGGCAGCUCGUUCAUGAACACGUCACCCCGACAAGAUUCUACUGGUCUGUGUCGGGUCUAGACAAGGAGCCGGAUCUUGUUCACAUGGAAGCCCACACCCCAGAUGGAAGUGUGCAGUACGUCACAUGCAGAGUGCAGAUAUGCACAGAAGCCAACAGGAACUAUCCCUUUUCAGGAUACAUUGACAUCAGCUCAUUGGUGGUUCAGGAUGACUACAUCUUCAUACAGGUGCCCACAUCGGGAAGAGCCACCUAUUAUGUUUCCUACAAGAGAGACGUAUUCAUACAAAUCAAACUCCCAAAGUAUUCCCUGCCAAAGGAUUUACACAUUGUCAGCACGGAUGAGAAGCAGGUAUUUGCAGCAGUGCAGGAGUGGAACCAGAAUGACACCUAUAACCUCUACUUGUCUGACACAAGCGGGAUCUACUUCACCUUGGCCAUGGAAAAUGUCAAGACUACAAGGGGCAUCGGAGGAAACCAGAUGCUGGAUUUGUAUGAGGUGGCAGGCAUUAGAGGCAUGCUGAUUGCCAACAAAAGGCAAGACAACCAAGUGAAGACGUUUAUCACCUACAACAAAGGCAGGGAUUGGAGGCUCCUGCAAGCUCCCACUACUGACCUGGAUGGAAAUGAAAUCCAUUGCAUUCUGCCUUUUUGUUCACUCCAUCUCCAACUACAAACUUCAGAGAAUCCCUACUUGUCUGGCGCAAUCUCCACCAAAAGCUCUGCACCAGGGAUCAUUGUUGCCACAGGGAAUAUUGGGGCUGAGUUGUCCUACAACAAUGUUGGCAUGUAUAUGUCGUCUGAUGCAGGAAACAGCUGGAGACAGAUUUUUGAAGAGGAGCAUAAUGUUUGGUUCCUGGACAAAGGAGGAGCCCUUGUUGCUGUGAAACAGCCAUCUGUGCCAACUAAACACUUAUGGGUCAGCUUUGACGAAGGGAGGCAAUGGACCCAACACAGCUUUUCAUCUGUGCCUCUGUUUGUGGACGGCGUUUUGGUGGAAGCUGGGGCAGAGAACCAGAUUAUGACCUUUUUUGGACACUUUAGUCACCGCUCUGAAUGGCAGCUCAUUAAGAUAGACUACAAGUCCAUCUUCAGUAGGAAAUGCGCUGAGGAGGAUUAUCAAACUUGGCACUUGCACAAUCAGGGUGAGCCAUGUGUUAUGGGACAAAAACAGAUUUACAUCAAACGCAGACCAGGGAACUACUGCAUGCUGGGUAAAGAUUAUUCUGGAAUCCUCUCUGCAGAGUCUUGCAUUUGUCGAGCCCAUGAUUUUGAAUGUGACUAUGGUUAUGAGCGCCGAAGCAAUGGGAACUGCAGGCCCGCCUUCUGGUUCAAUCCCUCCACCAUCACUAAGAGCUGCCGUCUGAGUCAAAGCUAUCUCAACAGCACAGGGUACCGUAAAGUAGUAUUGAAUAACUGCACCAAAGGAAUAAAAGAACUGUACACAGCUAGAAAGCAACAGUGCCCAAAGAGACCUCCUAAGGGACUUUUGCUGACCACCAAAGAUGAUAAACUGGCUGCCAGCCUGGGCACUAACGUCACAUUCCUGGUUCAUCUGGAUGAGGGUGAUUCUAUACAGACCAACAUCCAAUUAGACUUUGGUGAUGGCAUAGCUGUGUCUUAUUCCAACCUCAGUUGGGCUGAAGAGGGGAUCAAACACGUGUACAAGACUGCAGGAAUAUUUCGUGUCACAGCCCUAGCAGAAAACUCCCUCGGUUAUGACACAACAACACUUUAUCUGCAUAUCACUUGUCCUGUGGAAAAUGUGCAGCUUCUUGCCCCCUUUGUGGUCAUAAGAAACAAAGAAGUCAACAUCUCAGCAGUUGUCCUACCCAAUCACCCACGCACAGUCACCUAUUUCUGGUGGCUUGGCAACAACACUGAGCCAGUGGUCACAUUGGAUGGGAGUGUCGCAUACACCUUUCCCAAUGAGGGAAUGUACCCUGUCACAAUUCAAGUGGCAGCCGCAAACGUCAUCUUUCAAGAUACCAAAACCAUAGCAGUCAGAGAAUUCUUCAAAUCUCUACUAUUAUCAUUCUCACCAAAUCUGGACGAGUUCAACCCUGAUUUACCUGAGUGGAGACAGGAUGCGGGGAGAGUAAUUAAGAAGGCUGUUCUCCAAGUUGUUGAGUUCCCAGAAGAACAACUUUUGGUAGCUGUGUUUCCUGGAGUUCCAACUGCUGCUGAACUAUUCCUGCUACCACACAAGAACCAAUCACAGGACAAGAAAAAGAGUGAACAGGAGCUAGAACGGAUAUCGACCAUAAUUGUAAAUGCACUGAAUCAAAAUCUGGUGGAGUUUGAGCUGAAGCCUGGCGUGAGGGUGAUUGUAUACAACACUCAGCUAACCUUGGCCCCUUUGGUGGACUCGAACCCGCGACACAGUAGCUCGGCUAUGCUGAUGCUCUUAUCCGUGGUGUUUCUUGGCCUGGCAGUGUUUCUGAUCUACAAAUUCAAGAGAAAAAUACCUUGGAUAAACAUAUAUGCAGAGGUGAACCAAGAGAAAGAGCAGGAGAUGAUUAGCUCAGUGGGACAAGGUGACGGCACACCGAAAAUAACACUGGCUGAGUUCUCCUCAUCGAAAGAACUCAUGGAGAAAGAGCUGGAUGCAAGAGUCAAAAGGGGAGCCGCACAUGCCGGCGAGAGCACAAGGGAGAUUCCGAACUGUACGAGUGUCUAAAGCGUUCAGCAUUUUCUUGUCAGGGGUCUCUCCUUCAGUUGUGUCAUUCUCAACACAACUGCUGUUAAUAGUUUUCUAAGGGACCUCAUUUUUACAGCCUGGCAUGGAUGUUUUGUUCCAUAACAUCCAUCCAGCAAACCAAUGUAUUCCAUGAGAUUAUUGUAAAUACAUACAAAAGUCGGUUUUGUGGGUGUAUCAGCUACAUAAAAGUUGUCAGGUCGGAAAACACUUUGAUUUAGAAAUCAUUUCUGUUUUUUAAACGGGGAAUAUUGCUAAAAUAUACAGCGCUAGCACUUGUCCUGUAUAUACUGUAGCGUUCUAAAAGCUCAUACUCUUCUAUAAUAUAAAAAAGACAUAUCAGUGGUCUGAUGUGUCAAAACAAAACCCUUAAGAAAUCAGAAUUGUUGUCAUAGGAUCAUUGACUGGUGCAUGUUCCAACUGAGGAUUCAGUUUCUGUGUUGUAGAUAAGGAACUGUUGUAAAUAGUUAUUUUCAUAGUAAUUCCAAAAGCCACACUGACCCAUUCCAAGACUCUUCAUCCACAGUGGGUUGACAUGCAUCUUUUAGAAAUGCAUAUGUUUCUAUGAAUAGACAUUUUCUUAGCAUAUUACCGGGGAUGUCAUGAGACGAGAUGAGAUUUUAACAUUAACCUUCAGAAAAGGACGAUGAAAAAAUAUGACUUUUAAUUAACUGAAUGAAUUUGACUUAGCCACAAAACAAUGCAGGUGCCUUUUGAAAUGUUUAUUGUGACACAAAUUGACCCUAAACAAUAUUAUUAUCAACAGUUUUAUUAUAUAUAAUAAUAAAAAUAAUGCAGUGCACACUCAUUGGGCAGCCGUACAGUGGACAUGCCGAGACGUGCACCUACCACAAGGUCAGAAGUGGUUGCAGAGGGUACACGUGUCACAUGUCAUCCGUAGCCCGAAGCAGCCUCGCACACAACAAAAGUUCCUCCUGCACUAAAAGUGCUACAUAGUGUCUGCAUGCUGCCAUAUCCGUACCGAGGUGGUACCCGUCCUCAAAUUUUGCCCACACUUACAGCAGGUUGGGACCGGGGCUUUAUAGCCACUGUCUGACGGAUGAUCACAUGGCGAGCUUCAAACCCAACACACCCUCCCAAGUGCUUGCCCCAAAUGCCGCACCAAUCUAAAGCGCCACCUCAGUGAGACAUUUUUUGAGGCGCAUUUUGCAGGGUGCCAAACUUAUAUCACUGUCACAAAGACAGGAAGUCCCACACAUGUUAGAUAUGGUUGUUUCGGAUGCUGCAGUGGGAGCGGAGCUGAUUGGCGUUUUAAAGCAAAUAUUGGAUGAUAUCUAUGUAUACUGUGCUUUUUCACUGAUAUCAGUCAAGACUGAUGGAUCGAGCCGAGCACCCCUAUGUAAUGCUUUAUUUUCUUGUCAUGUUCCACUAUGUAAAGUUGUGGAAUUUGCAUCUGUGUAUUUUCUCAUAGGCAAUUUGUACUACAGUUUGCAGCACUCUCAAAGUGCAGCAUUUUUUUGCGAUGAUUUUCUGUGAACGCACAGAAUGUUGUGCUAUUCCGUUUUUUGAUGACUUUGCCGACUAAACGUCUCAGUGAGUAUUGCCGGGACAAAAUCUGUGGCAUUUGGUUUUGUAAGCAUCUUUUUCCCUCCUAACAUCUAUUACCUUACCUUGUAUUACACCUCAUAACGAUUCACUCUUUUGCUGUGUUUGUGUGCGAGUGGCCCCAACUUCUUCCACAGUCAAAGCCACUGUAUGACUGACAAGAGGUUUCACUCUGUUUGUCGUUGUUUUAUGAAGCGUUUAGGUGCUGAACCAAUGCACAGAGUGAAUCCUCUUCCUGCCUUUUUGGAUGAUGAAAAGAUGAGGAAAAGACUGGCAAAUUUAGCGAGUUCAUUUUUAUUUAUCGUGUGAUUAAUUAAUUUAUUAUUAUUUAUAUACUUUUUUUCUGCACAAGAAUUAUUAUUUAUAUGCUUUUUUUUCUGCACAAGAAAUCUUGUCAACUUUUAAACUUACAUAUGACGCAUUUUACAAAACCGACAUUUUCAUAUUCCAAAAGAGAUAAGUAUUUGCUUGAGGUUGUUUUUGCAUGUUCAUCUUCAACAAAGCAGAGGAGACUUUUUAAACUGAGCCAAAAACAUGAACUAAGAGAAAAUAUGUUCCGUUAUUUUUGCUUUUACGUUGUAUUUUGCAUUUGAAAGAAAACCCAGUUCUUUUUGGGUGUCGGUGUGCACCAUGGUGACAUGAAUACAGAAUGAAAUUUUAUUUUCUAAUAAAUAGCACACCAUAUUUUCAUGGCCAUUCUGUCUCUGUGCAAAUAAAGAUACCGAAAAAGAUGGACUUCAUGUUUUUUUGUAAGGGAGUAAACAAAAUCUGCAGUGGAUUAACAAAGUAAUUUGUCCAGUGUACUUCCACUAUGACUCAACACAGUAUCAGUUUAUGUUCACAAUGCACAGGUUAAAGCAAACUGCCCCGUACUUGAAACAAUUCAAAUAUAUAAUAUCCAAAUAGUUACAGUAUUUUCUGGAGUAUAAGUCACACUUUUCAGUAGGGUUGAGCCAGAUACUCAUUAUAAACUCAUCAUGUAUUCAUUCAAUAGUGUAUUUUAGACAACAGUGUUGUUGUUGUCUGUGGUCCUACACUCACAAAAUUAUCCGGAUUGGAUUAAAACUUUUGACAAGGACUUCAUAAACCAGACGCAGCAGAUUUUAAAUCGCAACAACACGUCAGCAGUAGGGUAAAACUAACUUGCUUGUAGACAGCCUAAUCCCAGCUCAUAUUCCCUCCGCUGACAUUGGAGGACACUAAUUAUGUCUAUCUUGGGGAUUGUAGCUGAUGCAUCAGCCACUGACUAACCAAAUACAGACUUUUCGGUCGACUUUAUGAAUGAUGAUUUGGCAUUAAUAAGCUGUUUGAUAUGUUUCUACACACCGGGAUGCGUCCAGGCAUCAUGUCACGUAUUAAAAGGUGUUCUUUCACAACAUUCUGACAUUUGUUAAAGCUUUAGAUUGUGCCCCUCUCUCUGGCUUCAUCUUCUUUAAUGUUGUUAUGAGUGUUACAUUGAUCGCCAGCUAGAUCAUAAAUACCAUUUAUAGUCCAUUAUGACUUCAUGUUUAUGAUGCAUUUUUUGACUGAUGUGACUUAUACUCCAGUCUGAAAAUAACACUUUGGAUUCAUUCAUUAUAUUCUUUAUUCCUUCAAGUAACAAUGACAGUUAUCUACCUUUUCUUAUAUAUUCUGCAUUGUCUAUUAAAUAUUAAUUCUAAGGAUGGAAAAAAAAUGGGAAAACACUUCUUUCUACAUGGUUGAGAUUUUUUUUAAUCAGGCUUUGUUACCACAAUAACAGGAAGCGUCUCAGAACCUGCACAAGAGCAUUAGAUCAAGGUAUCAACAUUUCUGACUUCAUGCAGCAGAGAGAUGAGCGAAUCAAAACAUGACAAAUAUGUUUGCUGUUGUAUAUUAGAAAUUAAUGAAUGACUGAUUAAACCAACAACAUGGGAUGAGUUAUUGAAUUUAUUAAUGAAAUACGUCAUACAAACUGCAAAUCAUCCUAACUAAACAUUUGCUGUGUGGACUCUGAUAACUGCAUAUCUGGAAUCCCCCUGUGUAAAAGUACAUUAGUGUGUAUUAAUGACAUUUUAAAUAAGACAAUGAACAAAUUUGAUGUCCACUUUGCUCCGCCGUCAACCUGUGAUCAUUAGUACAUGGGGCAAUAUGUUUAAACAUCUCCAUAUUCAUUCCUUCUUGUCAAAGCCAUGGUUUAAUUAUUUUUUGCUUGUUAAGUAUUUGUUCAGUAUGGCUUCCAAUUCAUCAAGUACUAGGAAUGCAACGACUAUUAUUCUUGUCAAAUAUGAAAAAGUAAACAUUUUUUAGAUGUAUCAUGUGUCAGUAUAAGGUAGUGUUUAUCAGCUGGGCUGUCAUUCAUGAAUUAUCUCAGGUGGCAUCAGACUCUGAACUUUCAAAAUUGGAUAGAUAAUACCAGAUACUAUUAAUAGAUGCCACUACACUUGGGUGGAAACAAACACAUUUGGGUUUACUGUGAUAGAUCUACGGCUACGGUUACCAGCUACAACCCUUGUUGUUAUAAGCAGAAGGCAAAAGCAAUGUAAUGUUCUUCAGUGCCCAAAUAUUUUUCAGUGCAUGCACCAUCUGUAUUAUUGUAUUUUCUCUUGAGGUUGAUAUUUCUAUGAUAAAGACAUGUCAUUUUUAAAUUGUUUCAAAUAAAUGUAUUUUUGUAU